AUGCCUCGGGAGCUCAUUUCCUCCGGGUCCAAAUUUGAGGGCGAAAUUGGUUAUUCCCGAGCAGUCGUCGUCGAUGACUUUGUGUUUGUAUCGGGAACCACUGGGUACGACUAUGCUACUGGCGAAAUCUCCGAAGAUAUCGUCCAACAGACUGAACAGACAAUGAUCAAUAUCGACAAGGCCCUAAAGGACGCGGGCUCCUCCGUGUCCGAAGUUGUUCGUGUACGCUAUAUUCUUCCAGAUCGUUCCCAGUUCCCUCUCGUUUGGCCGGUAUUGAGAAAGUGGUUUGGUAAUGUACGGCCGGCGGCGACAAUGGUGCAGUCUUCCCUCAUGGUUGAUGAGAUGAAGAUUGAAAUCGAGGUGACAGCAAAGAAGGGAUCGAGUAAUGAUGUGCCCACUUCUGCAUAA